GCUGAUUAAAAUAACCAACUCAUAAUUAAGCUUAGAUUAUUUGAAGCAGCUGUGUUGCGUUAGAGAGCAAAAACCAAAACGUGCACCCAGGACCAGAGUUUGGGCAACCCCCAGACCCCUGACGAGGUGAACCAUCCGUCAUGCAAAGAGGUCUGGUGGAGAUGACGUAGAUCCCCCACACAGUCGGCUGACUAUCCGCGGUAGAUGGCUGUCAGUUGGGGCUAGCCAGCUAACACACCGUUGACAACGAUAACAUUCAGACUAUAUUCACAAGACAGAAAUAUCAAUACCAAAAUGGAUCAACAGUUUGAGGAAAUAGAUUCGUCUGGGCAGUGGCAAAACCUUUAUAAUGAAAUCCGAAACCAAGCCAGCGACUAUUCAUAUAAGGUGGCAAAACUUCCAGAGAAUCAGAAUCGAAACCGAUAUAGAGAUGUCAGUCCCUAUGAUCACAGUCGUGUUAAACUUCAAAACUCUGAAAACGACUACAUCAAUGCAAGUCUAGUCAUGGUGGAGGAAGCCCAAAGAACCUAUAUUCUGUCUCAGGGCCCCUUGAAGAACACCUGCGGUCACUUCUGGUUGAUGGUCUGGGAGCAGAACUCCAAAGCUGUUAUCAUGCUGAACAGAAUCAUAGAGAAGGGGUCUGAGAAGUGUGCUCAGUACUGGCCUACAGCUGAGGAACGGCAGCUGUCCUACACGGACACAGGGUUUGUCGUGACGCUAGUGAAGGAAGAGGACAAGUCCAACUACAUCGUACGAGUGUUGGAGCUGAGGAACACAGAGACAGGAGGAACCACAGAGAUAUACCACUUUCACUACACCACCUGGCCUGACUUUGGCGUCCCGGAAUCCCCGGCCUCUUUCCUCAACUUCCUGGUCAAGGUGCGGGAGUCUGGCUCAUUGGGGCCGGAGCACGGGCCCUCCGUGGUCCACUGCAGCGCUGGGAUUGGACGCUCGGGGACCUUCUCGUUGGUCGACACGUGUCUCAUCCUGAUGGACAAGAGGAAGGACUCGUCGUCAGUGGACAUUCUGAGAGUUCUGCUGGACAUGAGGGAGUACCGGAUGGGUCUGAUCCAGACUCCUGACCAGCUACGCUUCUCCUACAGGGCUGUCCUGGAGGGAGCCAAGUGCAUCAUGGGAGACUGCUCUGUACAGAGCCAGAAGAGAGAGCUGUCCAGAGAGGACAGAGCGACAGUAUGUGAUUCACCGCCUGCCCCCCCUCCCAGGUGGCUCUCUGACACCCCCGCCCCCCCUCUACCCCCACCACGGCCUUUAGACGCCCCCGCCCCCCCUCUACCCCCACCACAACCUUUAGACACCCCCGCCCCCCCUCUACCCCCACCACGACCUUUAGACACCCCCACCCCACCACAGCCGUUAGACACCCCCGCCCCCCCUCUACCCCCACCACGGCCUUUAGACACCCCCGCCCCCCCUCUACCCCCACCACGACCAUUAGACACCCCUGCCCCCCCGUCCCCCAGUCGGCCCUCAGAAAAGCCCAACGGCCAGCCACUGCCCUGUGUGGAGCCUGAGCCUGUGGCGUUGUCCAGAGAGGACCGGACAUCAGGAGACGGGACAGAUCCAGACAGCUCAGAGAAGGACCUGGCGGAGGUGCCAAGUCUGAGGAAGAGACACAGGGAGGAGCGUAUCGCCUGCACGGCCCAGAAGCUUCACCUGAUGAAACAGAGACUGACGAACACAGAGAGGCAGAGAGAACGCUGGCUGUACUGGAGGCCUGUCCUGCUCAACAUGGGGGCUGGAGCUGCCGUGGCCCUGGGGCUAGUGGUGGUUUGGCUCUUCUCCCAGUGAUUUCCCUCCCUUUGUCAGAGCUGCCGUGGCCCUGGGGCUAGUGGUGGUUUGGCUCUUCUCCCAGUGAUUUCCCUCCCUCUGUCAGAGCUGCCGUGGCCCUGGGGCUCGUGGUGGUUUGGCUCUUCUCCCAGUGAUUUCCCUCCCUUUGUCAGAGCUGCCGUGGCCCUGGGGUUAGUGGUGGUUUGGCUCUUCUCCCAGUGAUACCCCCUCCCUGGGACACGGUGCCCUCUCUCUCUCUCUCUCUGUAAGAUACAUUCUCAUGGUCUGUUUGUGCAUAACAGGGGUAUUUAUUUCUACAGGUCAAAACCAAGAUUGGGGUCAAUUCCAUUUUUGAUUCCUGUCAAUUCAGGAAGUACACUGAAAUUCCACAUUUCAAUUCUCUUUAAGCUUUUUUUUUUUUUUUAAUGAUUUAACAUUUAGAAUUUAGUUUUACUUUCUGAACUGAAAUGGUGUUGAACUGAACCCUGGUGGAAAGGUCAGAGCACUAGAUCAAACCGCCCCGGUGUAUAUUCUGGUUCCUGUUUAAACAUCUUGGUGGUAACGUCUUCUCUCAGGCUGUUGGUGCUCCAGUUGGCAGCACCUGAUGAAUGUACUGUCUGAAACCCCUCCCUAUGCAGCAGCAACAGACAUCAUGUGCAAAAGGCUCAGUACAAAACAACAACAUCAUCUUGACCUUCUUACUUUCCAUUCAUUCGUUUUAUUUCAUUUUAAAAGGUCAGAUAGUUUCAUUGAUAUGAUUGAUGUACGUAUUUGACAGGAAGCAAUUCAAAGGCUGGGUUUUAUCCUCUCAUAGAGCACACAGUGCAACAGGAACAUAGAGGUCAGAGGUCAAGAGUAGAACUGUUCUCUAACCAACAACAUACUUUGUUCUUCAUAAUGCUGAUGGUGCUUUGACAUGUGUUCCUGACCAGACACGGUUCUUCCGUUGUGUCAGCAGGGCCCGGACCAGGCAGAGUUUGGUCUGAACGGUCAGCAGGGCCCGGACCAGGCAGAGUUUGGUCUGAACGGUCAGCAGGGCCCGGACCAGGCAGAGUUUGGUCUGAACGGUUCUUCCGUUGUGUCAGCAGGGCCCGGACCAGGCAGAGUUUGGUCUGACCGGUCAGCAGGGCCCGGACCAGGCAGAGUUUGGUCUGACCGGUCAGCAGGGCCCGGACCAGGCAGAGUUUGGUCUGUCCUAUUUGACUAUCAGCGGGUUCUAUAUGGUCCGUUAGUCUGGUCCAUACAGCGUGUUCUACGUGGUCCGUUAGUCUGGUCCAUACAGCGGGUUCUACGUGGUCCGUUAGUCUGGUCCAUACAGCGGGUUCUACGUGGUCCGUUAGUCUGGUCCAUACAGCGGGUUCUACGUGGUCCGUUAGUCUGGUCCAUACAGCGGGUUCUACGUGGUCCGUUAGUCUGGUCCAUACAGCGGGUUCCCCCUGGUCCGUUAGUCUGGUCUCUACCUACCAACCCACGUUGUUGUGUACCGGGUCCAUACAGCGGGUUCCCCCUGGUCCGUUAGUCUGGUCUCUACCUACCAACCCACGUUGUUGUGUACCGGGUCCAUACAGCGGGUUCCCCCUGGUCCGUUAGUCUGGUCUCUACCUACCAACCCACGUUGUUGUGUACCGGGUCCAUACAGCGGGUUCCCCCUGGUUCGUUAGUCUGGUCUCUACCUACCAACCCACGUUGUUGUGUACCGGGUCCAUACAGCGGGUUCCCCCUGGUUCGUUAGUCUGGUCUCUACCUACCAACCCACGUUGUUGUGUACCGGGUCCAUACAGCGGGUUCCCCCUGGUUCGUUAGUCUGGUCUCUACCUACCAACCCACGUUGUUGUGUACCGGGUCCAUACAGCGGGUUCCCCCUGGUCCGUUAGUCUGGUCUCUACCUACCAACCCACGUUGUUGUGUACCGGGUCCAUACAGCGGGUUCCCCCUGGUCCGUUAGUCUGGUCUCUACCUACCAACCCACGUUGUUGUGUACCGGGUCCAUACAGCGGGUUCCCCCUGGUCCGUUAGUCUGGUCUCUACCUACCAACCCACGUUGUUGUGUACCGGGUCCAUACAGCGGGUUCUACGUGGUCCGUUAGUCUGGUCUCUACCUACCAACCCACGUUGUUGUGUA